GCUGAGCUGAGUCAGUUCGCGUUUGACUAUCGAAUCGGUCGGAUCCCGGGGAGUUGUGCGCGCUUGGUUCUCGUCCGUUGUUCGUUCGUGCGUUCUUGCGUGCCUACCCAUUUGCGUCUACCGGUUUUUAAGUUCGCGUAUCGCGUAUCUUAUUCUUACUUGGAUCUUGGGGUCUCAACCAACGAGGAAAAAAAAUGAACCAACGACUUGUAUGAAACAAAAGGAAAAGUAGAGUUGGAGACACCUUUUACCUGGGGUGAUUUUUUGCUGUUAUUUUGUGCGUCAAGUCCUCAGGUGGAUUCUCUUCUUUGUUCGGAGGAGUUUUUGGAGUUAUUGUGAUUGUAAAGUAACAUAAAGGGGGAAUGGAAUAUGAUUCUAAGCGUAUGAUGAGCACUUGUGAUUAAUGAAGGGUUCUGUUGAAUGCAAUUUUUUGUCGAGUGAAUCGCUCUUCGGAGAUUGUUUCGAUAGUUUGGAGCACGGAUUAAUCUGGAUGGUGCAACAGUGUUAAGUUUGUGAUUUAGAAAACCUUCGUUGGCAGUGCAAAAAGUAAAAAGAUCGUAGUUCCUUUCCCGCGAAGGUGAACUAAUGCGUUUGAAAGCAUUGCCUAAGGGUCGUCUGGUCGUUCGUGAAGGCGAGAAAAAACAACAAGGUCUAGCGCAGUGUCGCGCACGUUAAGAGGAUUGUUGGAGCCACGCGUGGUCUUCGGAAGAUCUUGCGCGUCCAGUUGAAAGUGAGAAAAGUAGGUCUCCGGAUCGGUGACCGCGCUGAAGCUAAGCUAAGAGCUGGAUGCAGUCAGCUGGAACAGGCAGUUUUUUUUCCUUCUGUCACGUCUUCUUGUGGCACCUUCUUGGUUCGGAGCGUGUUUUUAUUCGUCUCGUUUUUUGACCUGGGUGUGAUCUGAAGCUGAUGCUGGUGGUGAUUCAUGGUCUCUUACCUCCGGGAGGUCGUUUCGAGAUAAAUCAUUAUCGUUUCUGUCACGUUUCACGCAAAUCUUCAGCGGAACGAAGAGUUUUCUGUUUCUAUGGUUCAUGAAUGUUGGUACUGGAAUCUUUACAGUGUUUGUCGUUGUUUGUGUUGUUCCGAUGCCGAAGUGAUGUGAUUAAACGAUUCAGUGGUGGGUUUAACGAUUGUGGGCUCUCGAGUGAAUUCAUAUGUGAUAAUUGAGUGUGGAAAAUUUCCGAUUCCGAUUAAGCUGCCAAGCGGUAUGAAUUGUUUGAAGCGGAAGGGCAGCACAUGAGAAUUGCAAUAUGUUAACGAGCAGAAAGCCGGGACCUCCGGUUCCCCCGAGGCCAAGUGCAGCUGCAGUGGCCACUGCAUUGGCCAAACAUCGUGAGAAUCAUCCUCCGACACAAAAUGGAAUUCACACGCUGAAGCCGCCACAUCCUGGACGAACGGUAGUUUACAAGUCGCCAGGCUACGAUCAGCCGCCGAAGAAACCGCAAUCUGUCGUUUUGAACGGAAGCGGCAGCUAUAAUGGAAGUGACCAUGCUCAUCAUACUUUCAAGAACGAUUCCGACCACUCGUUUGGGAAGACUGAAGUGUACGUUGGGGAGCCCAACAGUGGGGGGUAUCUUGUGCCGCGACCUGUCCUCCCAGUUGCCAAUCGUAACACCGUCAAGAACAACAGCAGCACCAAUUUGGAAAAAACCAAACUGAUAUACACCUCGACGUGCAGUAUAAUUGAGAUAAACUCUUCCUCGUCGGCUUCAACUUCAGCCUCAACAUCGCCAAUGUCAACGCUGCAAAAAACCGAAUCAAAGACCAAUCUCAACAGUUCUAGCAGUUUUAGCAGUGGUCGGAGUAGUGCCAAUGACAGCAAUCAUCUCAAUUCCGCCGACGAGGAAGACACAGUCUCCGGUCACAAAUUGAAGCUGAGCAAUUCCUUCAACAAUCGGCCACUCAACCGCUCAGAUCGCGGUUCAACCAUUAAGCUCAACUCGCCGGAAGUUAUCGUAAUCAACGGAGGAAACCCUUUGGAGUACCACGAUAGUGGCACCGAACAAAACUCCAUCGAUACCAACAGCAUCGCCAGCAAUAACUCCCUUGAGCGGGAAAACAAUUUCAAAAACCGGGACAUGCCGAGAAAAGCUCAUCUCACGGAAAUUUUCAUCGGAUCAAAUGACGAAACGGUAGUCUCAAAUGGCGGAACUAAAACCAUCAUCGAAGCUCGCAAUGACAUCCUCCUCAAAACUCCCAUCCACCUACCGUACGAUCCCCCAAAACCAGUUCUUAGAACAUCCUCCAUUCGACUUCCUUACCGUCCGGAACCGGAAGGUGGAGAACAUACCACCCCUAUCCAAACCGACUCAAAACCCUCAACCAAAAUUCCGGAUUUGGACAACUGCUCAAAACUGUCAGCCCAGAAAAAGUUGGACUUUCACGAGCUCCUCAUAUCGGAACUUGCUCAAAUGCGAGGCAAGCGUCAGCAACGAACGCAACCGGCGAUGGCGGCCCCGGAAGUGUCUCGAUCCCCCACAGGAAGUUCCCCCAGUGGAACGGUACCGAGGGCGUCGCCCCGAAUCCGGACCUCCGAUUGGAUCGAGGUGGGGGACAAUGGCAAACAGGUGGUGCUUUCGAGUUGCCAGAUUAGUCUGGAAGAUUCCGGCAUGGAGGACGAGGGUGGUGGUAAACAUGAGGAAGAAGACGGGGAGGACGAUCUGUCUUCGGGCGUGGGGGACUCCUGGAACAGCGUUAAGGAUGAUGACGAACGCAUCACGAUGUCCCUGCCGGGACUGCCCCCAUUGCCGAAAAGUCUCAGUGGAUUCGACCUCGCCGGUCAGCAACUUCAGUCGCAUCAACAACACUACUAUAACCUGCAGCCCCCGUCAGCUUCAUCCCAUGCUCAGCAGCAGCAGCAACAACAUCAGUCACAAGAGCAUUCAGCUCAUCAUCAGCACCAUCAACCUCCCUCAUCAGCAUCCUCAUCGCUGCACCCACACCCACCUCAUCAACCUCCACCUCCUCCACCCACGCAACAACAGUCACAGUCACAGUACAACAACCAUCAGCAGCAGCCAUCUUUCAACCACCACCCGACGAAUCCGUUCAUCCCGAUCAAUCCGGCCAAUGCCGCGGCCACAGUAGCGAAUUUGCAAAGUGUCAGCAUGGCGUCCCUGGUUUCACAGCAACAACAGAGGGGCCAAUCGCCCGUGAGCACCGUCAGCAGCAGCGGCAACAGUAUCGUCGCGACGCCCAACAGCGGAAACAGCGGAAGUGGCGGCAGCGGCGGAAGUGGAAGUGCCGUCGUCGCCCGGAAAGCCACCACGACCCUGGACACCCAGCUGGCCGUGUUGCGGAGAGAAAUGUACGGUCUACGGCAGCUGGAUCUGUCGUUGCUGUCUCAGCUGUGGGCUCUGAACGAAUCCAUCCAGGACUUCCGGAAGAUGCUGCAGGAACAGGAGACCCUUUCGCCUCCCUCGCCCUCGCCGUCCAACUCAGAUGUCAAUUCGCUAUCGUCGGACGAGGAAGAAGACGAUUCAUCCACGACCCAGACGGCCUCGGUCGGUGCCGCAGGAUCAGGAGGAGGAAUGCUACCGAUCGCUUCGAGUGGCCAUCAUAACAACCUCAUAGAAUCUGCCGUGGCCGCCGUAUCUUUGCUCAGCUCUAGCCAAUCCAGUCGGAUGAGGGCCCCUCCACCUCCCCCACCCAAUCGAAAAGCUCCCUCGAGGCCGGUGUAGGUUAGCCCGAAAAAGGAAAAAAAAACACUUCGAAAGCCCUGUCUAGAUAUUCCAAAAAAUGAACAAAAAUUAAACGUUUAAAAGGAUAAAAUAAUAGUUACUCUUUCUCAUCUCAAGCGCUAGCCAAUACAUUACAUAACAAACGAAGAAAAAAAAGUUUCACCCCAAACAUACAAUAAUCGAAAAACAAUUCAAUUCAAUUCGUAUCGUUAUUCGAACGAUCCGGAAAAUCGAAUAAAAACGGAUCUAAAAUAAAAGAAAAAAAAUCCAACUGAUAUGGAUCGUGAGAAGGAGUCAAUCAACAAAGGUCUGCCCUCAGUAGUGAUACGGAAAAUCUAUAGAUACAAAAAGAAACAUUAACGUAAAAAAAAAAACGAAAACAAAUCAAACGCAAGUCAAUCUUAACCUAGGUCAAGACAACGUCAAUGUCUGAAUUGUACGGUGUCACCGAUAUUUUGGUGGCUUCUAUCUAUCCUAACGCGUAAACGUUUUGCUCCAAACACCUGUUUCUAUAUUCUCUUUUCCCAAAUCCAUAAACCCCUCUCUUUUUCCCACAGUAUAGAUACUUUUCCUGCUACACACCUUCAGUGACAAAUAAAUGUGUUGUACAUAUUAAUUUACGUAAUUGAUUAAAGUUAAAAGAAAUAAACAAAAUGUGACUACGAUUAGCAGCAUAGGGCGAAAAAAUUAGGAAGGUAAUGUGAAAAAACUGAGUUAAGGUACAGUAAAUCGUUGUUCCCAAAAAAUAAGGAGAAAAUUUGUGGAAAGAAGCACGAGUAAAGACAUUCAAUGGAAAUAAACAUGUGAAAAAAUA